AUGGUCGACGAAGCUCAUGAGAGAACGACGAACACUGACAUGUUGCUUGCUCUUCUGAAGGAACUCAUCCAACAAUGCAAGCAUCUGAAGCUUGUCAUCAUUACUUUGGUACUACCAACGUUUUCGAGACGAAAUGCUGUCCUCAUCCAGCAUCUGAAGACACCACCAAUUUGUUAUGACGCAGCCGUCAUAGACUGGGUCAGGCAUUUCGUCGAGAACAAGCCAAAAGACAAUAUCCUUGUUUUCAUGACGUCGGUGCCCGAGAUUGAGAGAAACGGCACCGCGCUCCGACGGGAUAUACCAGCGUUAAAAGGUGCUCCCGAUGCACUCUGCUCUUCCCAAAUAUGCACAGGACUCGGCAACCGGUGGUUCCGCCAGUCAAAUGUGCAUUGUUUAUGUCAUUGUGUCGCCUAG